GGCAAACUACGGCCCGCGGGCCACGUACGGCCCGUUAGGCUUUUUAAUCCGGCCCGCCGAACUUGUCCAAAUUAUAGUAAAAACCUUCUUUUUUCCCCUUUCCCUGCAAUGCCCACCUUUCCCCAAUAGAUGGCGCACUCGAAACACAUUGACCGUUGUUGGAGUGGCGCGUAUUUCUCUUUAUUUCACUUUAAUUUUCACUUCGUUUCACGUCACCAUUAAGCCCUUCUGUAAAAAUGAGCGGACCAAAGAGAAGGAAAGUGGACAGCGAAUGCCGAGUGUUUAAUAAGGAGUGGACAACAAAAUACUUCUUCACUGAAGUCCGAUCAAAGGCUGUAUGUCUGAUAUGCCAAGAAGCUGUUGCGGUUUUCAAAGAGUACAAUAUCAGCCGUCACUUUGCCACGAAACAUGCAAACUAUGCUAGCAAGCAGUCAACACAAGAACGGGCGGCUACUGCUCAGAGGUUGGCAGCUAAUUUACAGAAUCAACAGAACUUUUUUCACCGACAAACUGCAAUUCAAGAGUCAAGUACCAAGGCAAGUUAUUUGCUGGCAUUCAAAUUAGCAAAGGCUAGCAAGCCUUUCUCCGAAGGCGAGUUUUUGAAAGAGUGCAUGGUAGAGACAGCAGGUCUCUUGUGUCCGGAGAGCAAAGCCAAGUUUGAAAAAAUUAGUUUAGCACGCAGGACAGUGACUCGUCGCGUGGAACUGAUUGACGAAGAUAUAGUCAGCGAGUUAAACAAAAAGGCGGAGUCCUUUAAGUUAUAUUCACUAGCACUGGAUGAAAGUAACGACAUAAAAGACACUGCUCAGCUCCUAAUUUUUAUCCGAGGGAUUAACGACAGUUUUGAGAUAACGGAAGAGCUUUUGAGCAUGGAAUCACUGAAAGGGAAAACGCGAGGAGAGGACUUAUAUGAACAGGUGUCUGCUGUCAUCGAGAGAAUGAAGCUACCUUGGAGUAAACUUGCCAAUGUCACCACGGAUGGAUCGCCAAAUUUAACUGGAAAAAACAUCGGGCUGCUGAAAAGAAUCCAGGAUAAAGUGAAAGAAGAAAACCCUGACCAGAAUGUUAUUUUACUUCACUGCAUCAUUCAUCAGGAGUCUCUGUGUAAGUCUGUAUUGCAGCUUAAUCACGUCGUGGAUCCAGUUGUAAAACUUGUUAACUUCAUACGAGCAAAGGGACUUAAUCAUCGUCAGUUCAUUACGUUUCUGGAAGAAACUAAUGCGGAUCACCAGGACCUACUUUACCACUCUCGCGUUCGCUGGUUAAGUUUGGGGAAAGUGUUUCAACGAGUCUGGGAGCUCAAAGACGAGAUUCGCUCAUUUUUUAAUUUAAUGGGGAAAUCCGAAGAAUUUCCCGAGCUGAGCGACACAAACUGGCUUUGUGACUUUGCGUUUGCUGUGGACAUAUUUUCACACAUGAAUGAGCUGAACGUGAAGCUACAGGGUAAAGAUCAGUUUGCGCACGACAUGUACACAAAUGUGAGAGCCUUCAAAUCCAAGCUGGUUUUAUUCUCCAGGCAAAUGUCAAACAAAUCUUUCGCACAUUUCCCCACACUAGCCGUGCAGAAAGAGGCCGCCCGAAAUGCGAAGAAAUACUGCAAAUCGCUGGACGAUCUGCACAGAGAAUUUUGCCGUCGGUUCUGUGAUUUUGAAAAAAUUGACAAGUCACUUCAACUGGUGUCCUGUCCCCUGUCACAAGACCCCGAAUUAGCACCGCAGGAGCUGCAAUUAGAACUGAUCGAUCUUCAGUCUGACUCCGUCUCAAAGGAGAAGUUCAAGUCUCUUAAACUGAAUGACUUUUACGCUUCACUUAACGAGACCGCGUUUCCAAACCUCCGGAGGACGGCGCAGAAGAUGCUGGUGUUGUUUGGCUCGACUUACGUGUGUGAACAGACGUUUAGCGUCAUGAAAAUCAACAAAGCCCAUCACAGAUCCAAGUUAACUGACCAACACCUCAGAUCUGUCCUGAGAAUUGCCACAACAAAACUAACUCCAGACUUUGAUGCACUGGCAAAAAAGGGAGACCAACAACACUGUUCCCACUGAAAUGGUGAGUUUUUCUUCUGUGUUUUGAAAAAAUGCAUUUGGAAAGUUUGGAAGUGCGUCUUUUAAUUAAGAGCAAUGCGUAUUUACGCACAGCACCGGUACAGUAGCUCAAUUAACACGCCGCACAUCGCUCUUAAUUUAAAUUUUCAGCUACAGGUAGGAUAUUUAAUACAGCCCAUGUCUGUGUGCUUGGCAACAAUACACGUGUACUGUUUGCGCAUGAAGGCGAGGUCUUCCGUAGCGAGUUUGUAGAGCGCGCGGUCAAGACAAUCCAUUUAUGAUUUUGCGGAGUUUAACACAAGUAGAUAUUAUUGAGCUUGAGUAUUUCGUUGUGUAAUAAUAUGUUUUGAAUGUUGAAAGUGAUUCCAUUUUUCAAUAAAUGUUGAUUUCUUUAA